AUGCAUACAUCGUCCAUCAGUGAGGCACUGCUGUUGGCAGAAGUGGGUCCGGAUGCCGUGCAGGUCCUGCGGCCCCACUAUGCUGCUUUGGUGGGCGUUGCUGAUCUAGCGCAGAAUGCCGGAGGCCAGCAGUUGAGGUCGUUGCUUCGACACAUUGGCGAGUUGACCGGUAAGCUUGCUGCUUUGGAGGCGCAACUCUUCAAAGUUGGCGAAGCUUUCGAUGCGGAAUUUGAAAAUUUGGGGGUGCUUGCACAGCAAGAGGAGAUCCGACGACUUCGCAUUGAGCUUCAGGUUCUAGGUUCCCAGCAGCGCCAGCACACACAAGAGUUGGAGGCAGAGCGCUUACGGGCUGCAGGAUCUAACCUCUCGGCAGAGACUCUGGGCCAGGAAAAAGCAAAACUCAAAGCCGCCCUGAGGCGGGUGGACGAGGAUCAGCGUGAGCAGCUGGAGAUUCUGUCUAUGCAAGCCCUUGAAGAAAAGCGCCGAUCGCAGCAGAUGCUGGAGGCAAAGCACCAUGAGCUCAUAGCUUCGCGACAGGCUGCCGGAACGCAAGAGGCAAUGUUGUCCGAGGUCCGGUCCCUGAUGCCGGUUGCUGUUGUCGCAGCACAAUUCACAAAGGAUCCCCACAGCCCAGCCAUGAAGUUGGCCAGGGGUCCAGUCCUUCUUUCAAGUACAACGUCAGUGAGGAUUCCGGUUCUGGCAUUGAGGUGGGGUCCUGGAAUAUCUUUGAACUCCACUCCAGGCUGGGAGGCAGUCAGGGAGGGCUUGUUUUCUUGGCUCCAUCGGCUGCAAACGGGCGUUGCGCAGCCGGAGCAGGCUGAGCUCAACGUCUGUGAAGUGGAUGGUCGCUGGUCUACAGCUCAAGUAUGGCGAACCUGA